AUGGAUAACUGUAAUAUAUUGAGCUGGAACUUAAGGGGGUUGAAUGGUCCGAAAAAGCAGACUGUUGUGUUGGAUAUUUGUGGUAGGAAUAAAGUGGGGGUUGGUACUCUCUUGGAAACUAAAAUGAAAGGGAAUAAAGUCAAGGAGUUGAUGGUUAAUAAAUUUUUGAACUGGGAUUAUUAUUCCAGUCCUGUUACUGAAGGUAGAAUAUUGAUCAUAUGGAGGAAGAUUUUUGUCAAGGUUAUAGUUCUUGAGGAGAUAAAUCAAUAUGUUCACUGUUAUGUUAAAAUGGUUGGUCAUAAAAAUCCUUUUAGUGCUACAUUUGUUUAUGGGCUUAAUACUAUGGAGGAACGGAAGAUCUUAUGGCAAAGAUUACCUAAGCUCUCUCUUCUAGCUGCUUCUUGGGUUAUUUUGGGAGAUUUUAAUGCAAUUUUUACAGCUAAGGAUAGGAAUGAAGGAAAGCCUGUGUCUAAAGCUGAAUUAUUAGAUUCUUCUCAAUGGCUUGCUAGGAAUCAAAUGGAUUCGCUUAAAAGAACUGGCUCCUUCUUUACUUGGACUAAUAAUCAAGAUGGGCCUGCUCGCAUUUACUCUAAGAUAGAUCAUGUUUUUGCUAAUGAGGAUUGGCUGGAUUUGUUUCCUAAUACAACAACAAUUUUCAACUGGGAAACAGUUUCUGAUCACUGUUCUUGUACAGUUUUUAUUCUGGCCAUGGAGAACUUGGGAGUCAAAUUGUUUCGUUUUUAUAAUUUCUGGACUGAUCAUAAAGAUUUUAAAGAGGCUAAAGAUCAUUAUCAGGCUGCUCUCUUCCAUACUCAGCAACAUCCUAGUGAUCUUACUCUUCAAGAUAAAGUCAAGGCUGCUGCUGAUGCUUUUAUAAUUCAAGAGCAAAUGUAUCAUAGUUUCUUGGCUCAAAGAAGCAAGCUUACUUGGUUAGGGAAGGGUGAUACGAAUACUGCAUAUUUCCAUGCUUGUCUGAGCAAGCGUAAGGAAGAGAAUAGGAUAGCCUCUUAUGUUACUGAACAUGGUAGGGUGGUGGAUAACUUUUCAGAAGUGCCUUUUUCUCACAAGGAAACUCGAGAUGAUUUAUUUAGUAUCCCCAUAAUCAAAUCCCCGGGUCCAGAUGGGUUUGGUUCUGGUUUUUUCAAGGUGUUGUGGCUGGACUUUGGUAGUGAAAUAUGUAGAGUUGUAGGACAGUUUUUUGAGACAGGCAAUAUUCCUGAGGAGCUUCUUAAUACCACACUGUCUUUGGUCCCAAAAAAUGACAAUCCUUCACAGGCUGUGGAUUAUAGGCCUAUUGCUUGUUGUUCUACCAUCUACAAAUAUGAUCUGAUUUUAUUUUGUAAAGGAUCCCUUGCUGCUGUUCAAGUGCUCAAGGGUGCUUUAGAGAAUGUCAGUUCUACUACUGGGCUUCAAAUUAAUGCUAGCAAAUCUCAUAUAUACUUUGGGGGAGUUUUUGCUGCUGACAGACAGAUAAUGGCUGCUGAGUUACAGCUUUCCGAAGGGUCUUUUCCUCUUAAAUAUCUUGGUGUUCCUAUGAGACCAACUAAAUAG